CAACUGAACAGCGGAGAAGGAGAUUAACAGCCAUCUUAAAAAUUGGUCGGCUACAGUUGGAUGUACGAGUUAUAAAUUAUUCAGUCUGAACUUUGUAGACUAGAUUAUUCUUGCCAGGCGUGAAUAAAUCUGCACUGAAGGGAAAGCGAGAAAAGAUGUGGUGCGCCCGUUGCGCCACUGGUGCGCUAUAUGGGGACAGAGUGAGCGACGGUGACGCGCUGACACCCCGAUAUUAGAUGGCUCCAACAUUUGGGGUGCAAAACAGGUGUCAGGGAAGUGUCGUCACGAACCCCGGAAGCCGGAGGAGGUGGGAACAUCAGAGGGAAAGAUGGCAGCGAAAUCCGAUGGUCGCGGGGUCGUCACCGGUUUCGCCCAGCUGCACAACCUGGACGAGGUGGUGGGGACGGGAGAGGACGACACUCGGAACGGUAGCUCAUUCCACAUCUGCCACUGCUGCAACACCUCGUCGUGCUACUGGGGCUGCCGGAGCGCCUGCCUGCAUUACCUCCGGGGAAAGGGGAAGGAAAAGGAGAGAGACGUGGCGCGGCCACAGGAGGAGCGCCUCUGGUUGGACUGCCUGUGGAUCAUUUUGGCACCCCUGUGGUCAGGCCUGACCCUGUUCUUCGUGCUAGUGCCCUCUGUUCUGGUCCAGAUCUUGAGCUUCAGGUGGUUUGUGCAGGAUUACACCGGGGGCGGACUGGGCUCCGUGGAGGGGCUGAGUAGUCGUAGAGCUACAGCCAGUCUGCAAAGAGACAGGUGCUGCCGCCUCUCUGUCUGGGUCUGGCAGACCGUGAUACACAUCUUUCAGAUGGGACAAGUGUGGAGGUACAUCCGAACCAUGUACCUCGGCAUACAAAUUCACCGGCAGAAGGAGAAUCAGCGGCGAUUUUACUGGGCUAUGAUGUACGAGUAUGCCGAUGUCAACAUGCUGCGACUGCUAGAGACCUUCUUAGAAAGCGCCCCUCAGCUGGUGCUGCAGCUCUGCAUCAUGAUCCAGAGCAACAAGGCUGAGUGGCUUCAGUGUGUUUCUGCCAUGACCUCCCUCUUGUCCCUGGCCUGGGUGCUAGCCUCUUACCACAAACUCCUGCGUGAUUCACGUGACGACAAGAAAAGCAUGAGUUACCGAGGUGCCCUGGUGCAUCUCUUCUGGCGCCUUUUUACCAUCUCCUCACGGGUGCUCUCCUUUGCCCUAUUUGCCUCUGUUUUCCACAUCUACUUUGGCAUUUUUGUGGUGCUCCAUUGGUGUGCCAUGGCUUUCUGGGUCAUCCAUGGCGGCACCGACUUCUGCAUGUCCAAGUGGGAGGAGGUACUGUUCAACAUGGUGGUGGGUGUGGUCUAUGUUUUCUGCUGGUUCAGUGUACGUGAGGGCCGGACGCGGUACAGAAUGGUGGCUUAUUACACAGUAGUACUGUUAGAGAAUGCCAUCCUCAGCUCACUUUGGUAUGCGUACCGCGACCCAGCCACCACUGACGCCUAUGCUUCUUUUGCCCUCUGUGGCGUCUUCCUGUGCUUUGCCUCAGGUGUGGCCUGUAUGGUUCUCUAUUAUGGGGUCCUACACCCCAUGGGUCCCCGCCUAAGGGUGCUGGCCAGCUCCUGCUGUGCUGAGCUACUGUGGGGCCUUCCAUUACCCCCCGAGGCUGAGCCCAUGGCUCCCACACCAGGCCCCCGUGGUUCUCAGGCCACCCCCACAAGGGGUCUGGCAGGGGACCAUGUGGCAUCAGAUGAAACAGCCACGGACACCUGCCUUCCAGUUUUUCAGGUGAGGUCCACAGAGCCUGUGGAUGCAGCCGGCAGGCCCAUCCGGCCUGAAGGUCCCCUCAUCAAAAUAGACAUGCCCAGAAAACGCUACCCAGCCUGGGAUGCACACUUUGUGGAUCGGCGCCUGCGCAGGACCAUAAAUGUGCUUCAGUAUAUUAGCCCUAAUGCAGUGGGCAUCAGGUAUAGGGAUGGUCCACUUCUUUACGAACUCCUGCAGUACGAAUCCUCCUUCUGAAGGCCUCCUCUCCAAUGCACACGCGUUUCCUUUCUUUCAUUCUGCUCUUCCACCCCUUCAGAUAGGAUAUCUUUCCGUUUGACACUUGGCUCUCUCCUUGUGUUCUGUCAUUCAGUUUUCCUGCAGGAGAUGUGUGUUUUGUCAAACAAAAAUCUGUCAAGAUUUUUGUUUAAACACACAGUCAUAAUUUAUUUUUGAAAGAACAUACAGUAAAAUUAUGAAGCUACAAUAUUUUAUGUGAUAUAUACAGACGUCUCAUAUAAAUUGCUCUAUAUUGAUAGAGCAGGGUUCUGUAUGAGUGUGUAGAUAACAUAUGAAUGUUUCAUUAUGAAAUGUGUUUAAUGCAUUAUACUGUAUUGGUGAUUCAACCUGUGAAUACUUGUGAAGGGCACAUUGUGUGUCCCUGUGACAUGGGACUGGUGCAAAGCCUGAUGGGAAUGAUGGAGGAGAGUCUCAGAGCAGGCAGGUCUUUGCACACCCCAACAUUUACUGCCAUUCUUUAUGUAAAUCAUUGAUAUGUAUAAUAGUGUUUACCAAGUCCAUAAAUUGAAAAGCACUGACAUUUCUAUUAUGAUUCCAUAAAUUGUAGAUAGGACACGAUCAAAGAUGCGUUUCAGAGAAGCAAUUCGAAAUUGAUUUUCCCUCUGUGAGCUUACGUGGCUCAAGUGUGUUCUGAAUGUACUAUUUUCAUCCAAAAUCCUAAAUCAUAAUCGCAUCAUGUAUGGAAGAAAAAAAGAAGCACACUGACCUUCAAUCAGUUUCACCCACAUGUUUAAUUUUUAAAGUGCAGACAGCCCCCCAGUGGAUGCAAGCUGUAAAAGCACGCCUUACUUUGUCA